AGACGAUCAUCUAUGCAGCAACGCAGAACAUCUCUAGCUGAUUGCAUACCUGAUUGGCCUACUUUACAAAAAGCUAAAAAGAAGACAGAGGAAAAAGAAACAUUUAUAGAAGAUUUAGAUGAUCAUAAAACACUAGAGGGAACAAAAAUGAUUCGCAUGAGUUGUGUAUUUUGUAAGCCAAAUGCAAAACUGAAGUGGUUUAAAAGCAAAAUGGAAAUAUUCCAUAGUCAUAAACAUCAUUUUGAAGUAGAAGAUAAUAAAUAUACAUUGAUAAUUAAUAAUGUAAAAUUAGAAGAUGGUGGAAAGUAUACUUGUCAGUGUAAUAAAGAAACUACAUCAGCAUGGUUAUAUGUGGAAG